AGGCAUCACAGUUCCCACACCGGCGGACGAAGAAGAGGUGUGGGGGAUUUCAGAGCAGCCACUUAUCGCGUCAUUAAAAUUGUUCGGUGAACACUCACAAACAGCCAAAGUCCGCCAGAAAGUUAUUACAAACAAUGUGACAACUUGGGUAGACCUAACUCUUCCUCACAUUGCGUAACCAAAACGUUGUUUUGCUCUCGUCUACGCCUGAAGAAGAAGCCAUGGAGCCGAUAACAAAGUGGACGCCGAAGCAAGUUGUAGACUGGAUGAAAGGUCUGGAUGACAGCCUACAGCAGUAUGUGACCAACUUUGAGAGGGAGAAGAUCAGUGGAGAGCAGUUACUGAAGAUUACACAUCAGGACCUGGAAGAGCUUGGUGUGGCAAGAAUUGGACACCAGGAACUGGUGCUAGAGGCUGUCGAUCUGCUCUGUGCUCUGAAUUACGGAGUGGAGACAGACAACUUAAAGAACCUGGUUGUGAGGAUGAGAGCUGCCACCAACAGUCUCCACAUGGCCACGUCUGACCGCAGGAAGAGCCCAGUGUAUGAUAGUAGCGCCUUACGCAAGCCACCUAAUGACUUUCUCACAUGUGUGGUUGAGUUGAUCGGCGCUGCUAAGAGCCUCCUGGCUUGGCUUGACAGGACGCCACUCACAGGGAUCAGUGACUUCACAGCCACCAAGAACAAAAUCAUUCAGCUGUGCCUGGAGCUCACCACCACAGUUCAACAGGACUGUGGUGUUUACGAGAUGGAAGAAAAGAUCCUAGAAGUUUCAAAGAUUUUGAACAGCAUCUGUGAUCAGACUGUGAGAACCACCUCUGACCCCCUUUUGAGCCAGUCUGCCUGCCUGGAGGAAGUCCAGCUGACCAAUAUUAAACCGGGUGAAGGUCUGGGAAUGUAUAUCAAGUCAACUUAUGAUGGGUUACACGUCAUUACUGGAACCACAGAACAUUCCCCUGCAGACCUGACCAGGAAGAUCCAUGCUGGUGAUGAAGUGAUCCAAGUUAAUCAACAGACAGUGGUCGGCUGGCAACUAAAAAACCUGGUCAUCAAACUGAGGGAGGAUCCCAAAGGUGUGUUACUCCUCCUGAAGAAGCGGCCCACAGGAACAACAGGUUUUACCCCGGCCCCGCUUAAGAACAUGCGCUGGAAGCCUCCUGUACCUCAGAACAAUCCCUCCUUGAUCCGAGCUCAGUCUCCAUGCAGCUCAGCUAAUGGAUCAACCAAAAAAGAGAAAUCGGCAAUCUUGGAUUUUUACAUUCCGCCACCUCCUCAUAUACCCUACACUCCAAGAGAGGAAAGAACAGACACUUUCUCCAGUUUUAGUAAAAGGCCAAAAGGCUCUGAGUCACCCAACUCCUUCUUGGACCAGGAGAGUAGGAGACGCUGCACCAUCGCAGAUUAUGACAAACUAAGCAUCGGCUGUCCAAUCGAAGCCAAUGUGAUACAGCCCAGAAUGAGGGAGCACAAGCAAUCACGUGGUAAGCCCCGACCCAUGUCCAUGCCUGUGGAUACCUGUGUGUCAAUUGUGGACCCCUUUGCUAAGCCCUGGACACAUAGUAGGAAAGGUGAGGACCUCCUGUACAGAUACCUGAGCAACGAGAGGAUCCCCACCAUAGCCGAGGAAGUGGCGCAGGCAGUUCCGCCCAACUACCUGCCGACAGGGGAGCGCCGCCUUGUCAGGAUGGAACACAUCCGAGGCAGCCGCUACUACUCGAACUCAGACCUCCACAACAGCGCCACCAUCCCCUAUCAGGAGGAUGUCAAAAAGAUCCCCGUAGCUUCGGUCUCCAAGCGCACGGCAGAACGUUCACUACUGGUCAGUUGGAUCACGCGACUUAAACUCUUGACUCACUGAUGAUGAUCCACUUCCUGUUUGGGGCUUCCUGUUCCUGUCUUGUCUCCUUCCUGGGUGCCUUUGAGUUUUAAUGUCCAGCUGUUUUUGUUUUUUUUGUUUUGUUUUUUUGGCAGCUUGCGGCUUUCUUUGCACUCUCUUGCCAACCUCCAUGUUUUCCUGGUAAUAGCUACUACUAGCAACUACUGCUUACCCACCACCCCUUACUACACCA